GAUGACUUAAUCACGGACGAGGAGGCGAUAGAAAAGUACAAAGAAUACAAGGAGUCCUUCAACAAGCGCUACAUAGAGGAGUUCUUCGAGGCACACAAAAAUGAGGAGUGGCUUCGAGAGAAAUAUCACCCGGACUAUGUUGACAUACAACGGGAGCAAGUGGCUAGAAAUAUUCGCCAUCGAUUGGACGUAUUUCUGGAUCUCUUCGACAAAGGCAUGAUCGACAACCAGGCAGUCCAGAUGGACAACAGCGAUCAACUUAUUAAAUUGAUGGAUGCCGUUGUCAUCAAAUUGAGUGGCGGCACAGAUGAAGAUUUGGCUGUUCUCGACCACAUGGACAAAGAUUCCGGUGACGAAGUUUUGUCAUUCCAGGAACCGGAAAGGAGUCCAGAACCGAAGACCUGCAGCGCUGAAAAAAGUGGCGCAAAAAGCGAGGAAGGAGAGGAAGAUUCGGACUUCGAUUCCGAUGAUGGCGAGGAACGAAAGUUGAAGCAGGACCUACAAAAGGCCAAGGACUUGCUCGCAUCAAAAGAUGCCUCUACGAAAGUUCACGAGCCUGAGCAACUCUCUGCCUCCCAGGAGUGGGUGGGGGUGAGCGAUAAUGAGAAUGAAGCUUCGGAUGCGAAUAAAAGUAGUGGUUCUCCCGUCGCGGGAUCUCCUAAAGAUGUCAAACCAAAGUUGGAGGACAAACCGGAGCCCACUUUGGAUUCUGAGCACACCGAAGACUUGAAGCCCGAGGAAACCGAGGUGAAGGAAGAAAAACCCGAGAAUCAGUUGAAUACUGAGUCGAUGGAGGCAUUUGCGACCACUGAAGAUGACGAUGAUCUUUGCUCAUCUCAACCCGGCUUUCUUCGUCUGGCCAUCUACGAUCCGAUGCCUGAACGCAGUUUCACACGCCAUGCCUGGGCAACCUACACUCCCGAUGUGAAUAUUAAAAAGAUUUGCUGGGCCCUCAAUACCAGUCCACUUCUUCGCGACAAGUGGCAGUCCUCUUCACGCUCUUCAGGCGAACUGUGCGCCACCGUGAACCGUGAACUGGCCCAACGCGUGCGGCCCGUCACUCCGAUAACUCGUCACAAACCAGUAAUGCGUAACGAUCUCCUGCUUGCUUCUCUGGCUAGUGGUGCCGCCAACGAGAACCAUUCUGGAGCUGCCGGUGACGAGGGGACCGCCGAGUCGGCCGACACGAUCACUGCCGUCCCAAUAGAGACUGAUUCCUCUCUGGCGCGGGCACUCGACCGUUUGCUGAUAUACCUUCGGAUUGUCUACUCGGUAGACUAUUAUUCAGCUACCGUUUAUCAGUUUGAAGACUCCAUGCCCCACCGUUGCGGCAUAUUCCACGCUCGCGGCGACAGGGGCCUAACUGGGGGAUCUCAAACUCGUGGUCACGGCUUUACAGUCACUCCGCGUGAGGUUACAGAGUACAUCCAGACGUUCAGCGCCAAAAUGAAGCCCUUGUUGGAAUCGCCACCAGAUCUCACUGACGAGGAAAUAGCUGCCCUCGGCGCUCGAGACCCCGACAAGGCCGCUGAGGAUUUCAUUGAAGCAAAUAUUCAGAAAAGAACCAGUAAAAAGAAGCCAUUCAAAGUCGUGUGGGUUUGCCCUCUGUCUGACAAGAAAUUCCGCGAACCCAUCUUUGUACGCAAACACAUUUUAAACAAGCAUAUGGAGAAGGUGGAGGCCGCGAGGAAAGACAACGUGAGUCGCCAACUCUAA